AUGCCCGUCGCCGACCUUCCACAAGACCUUAUCGGCUGUUCGGGGCUGUACAACUCACCCGAUCCUCUGCUACGACGACUCCGUCUCGUGGACCACGCCAGCGCACCAGUGACCAAUCUCCAGCGUGCGUUUGGUGAAACGGACCUGAUCGUGUUGUAUGCUGGAAGUGCGCAAGGAUCCAACAACCUCACUGACCUGCACCGGAACCUCACUGGCCUCAUGAUCAAAGACAAGGCCGCAGUCGUCAUCUACGUGUCCACCGAUGUGGACGCCAAGAUCGCGCUCGCUGUUUCAGCGCAGCAGCCUUGGUACCGCAUGAUUUUUGAGGAUGACAGCGACUUUGCGCCCCUCGCCAAGGGCGAGCCUGAGGUCAUCGAGAUUGCCCGCGGGGAGGACUUUGUGCCGGCAAUGGAAAUCGAGACUGGUGCAGAGGUCGUGACGUACGGUGAAGAGGAGGACCCCCAGGACUACGUCCGCCCCUUGUCCCGCGCUGGCGUGUCCAUCACGAUGCAGGCGUACUCUACCCCAAGCAUCGCCGUAUACAACCUCAAGACACACGAGUUUGUCGCACGCAAUGUGCGGCCCAUGUACUUCCAGGCCGAUAAAAUCGGCCAGCACCUCAGCGCGUGGAGGAAAGGCGAUGCCCUGGGUGUCGGGUUCAAGGACAUCGUGGACCGGCUCAAGUGGCCGCUGAUCGCGCUCUUCAUCGCGCUCCUGUACCACGCUUACGUGUUCAUGAACGGAGAGGAGGCCAACUUCCUCCCCAAGCUGUUGGACCAGAUCUCCUGGCGCAGCAGGGAGUUGAUGGGUCAGGCGUUCUGA